AUGUUAACAGCAACUUCAACAACAUCAUCAACAACAACAUCAAUCACAUCAACAACAACAACAUCAAUCACACCAACAACAAUAACAUCAACAACUUCAACAACUUCAACAACUUCAACCAUAUCAACAACAACAAUCACAUCAACAACAUCAACAACUUCAACAACUUCAACUAUAUCAAUCACGUCAACCACAUCAACAACGACAGCAUCAACAACAUCAACAUUAACAACAUCAAUAACUUCAACAACUUCCACAACAUCAUUAACAACAAUAUCAACCACAUCAACAACUUCAACAACAUCAACAACUUCUACAACUUCAACAACGUCAACAACAUCAACAACUUCAACAACAUCAACAACAACAACAACAACAUCAACGAUAACAACUUCGACAACAUCAAUAACAUCAACAACUUCAACAACAUCAAUAACAACAUCAACAACAACAACAACAACAACAACAACAACAUCAACAACUUCAACCACAUCAUCAACAACAUCAACCACAUCAGCAACAACAACCUCAACAACAUCAACAACAACGUCAACAACGUCAACGACAACAUCAAUAACAUCGACAACCUCAACAACAUCAAUAACGACAUCAACAACAUCAACAACAACAACAUCAACAACAUCAACAACAACAACAACAUCAACGAUAACAACUUCGACAACAUCAAUAACAUCAACAACUUCAACAACAUCAAUAACAACAACAACAACAACAACAACAACAUCAACAACAUCAACAACAACAACAACAUCAACGAUAACAACUUCGACAACAUCAAUAACAUCAACAACUUCAACAACCUCAACAACAACGUCAGCAACAUCAACAUCAACAACAACUUCAACAACAUCUACGACCAGCACGACCGCAACAACAACGCCAACCCCAGCUAUUGCUGUUAGCAGUAGCGCAACAUUUUGUGGUUGUUCAGAAGAAUCAUCAUUAAGAAUGAUGGUCGUUUUGGUCUCGCUACUAUUAUUAAGCUCACUAAUCAUUGUCUAUGGAUCGCAUUUUCUCGGUGGAACUAUUUCGUGGCAUCCAUUGUAUGAAUCUGCUACUGGAUCACCAGUGGCGAUUGUAAUAACUCAGACCUAUUCAUGGACAUAUCCACUGAUUACAUGUACAACGGCUGACAUUGCUACUAAUGCAUUUAUUGAAGCUGGCGGAUAUACUAAUCUGCUAACUGAAACACUCGAUUGCAUAAGCAAUUGCAAUUCUGGUGCAACUGGUUACGUUCCACCUGGUGUCAGGCCACGAUGUACGGAUAUUUCAGCACCGUUAAGCACCACCGUUGGACAACGUUCUGAUGUUGUCUAUUUAUCAGCUGACGACGAUUUUACGGUUGCUUUUCAAGGAGGUGCCUGGCGUUCCCUAGCAACAGGUGGAGGUGCUUCCUGGUCAAUUGCAUCACAUAUCAAAGUCCAGUCAAGAUCCGAUAAUGGCCUGUACAACAAUGCUCCUGUGGCAACUAUGAUGUCUCCGAUCGAAAUCCCUGUGAAUCAUCCCAAAGCUAUUAUUAUACCUGUGGGCGACGCAGACGGUGAUACGACACGUUGUCGAUGGUCGACAUCAUCAAAUGGUAUCGAUGAAUGUAGUGGUGUAUGUCCACCUAGUUCACUACCACCGAAUACUAUCAUCUAUCCGAACUGUACUAUUAUCAUUACUGGUCAGACGGUUGGUAACUGGUUUGCUGUGGCAAUUAUGGUCGAAGAUUUUAUCUCUUCAACAAGCACCACUCCCCUUAGUGGAGUACCCGUACAAUUUCUCGUUCAUGUUGUUAAUCAAGCAUCGUGUACUACUGAGCCAGUCAUUGCUGGAAUACCACUCGAAGACUCCUGUAUAUCUAUCGCAGUUGGUCAAACAUUCAACUCGAUGCUGAUUGCAAUUAACUAUUGCGGUGCAAGUGUAACCAUUGUUGAUAUUUCGACAUUAUCAUUUCCUAACAUGAUCAAAGGAAGUCUCGUCAAAUUCAACACGUCAACCUACUACAAAACACUUUCAUGGACACCGACAUCAUCUCAACUUGGGUAUCAAGUUAUGUGUGCCAUGGCUUUUGACAGCCAAAAUGCACAAUCAGCGCAAUAUUGUUUCAAAUUCUACGUUUCGCAAAAUGGUGCUUGUGCUUGUCCUGGUUAUAUUUGCACCACUACAACAACAACAACGUCAACUAGUGCUACAACAUCUACUGCUACUACAAGCACGUCUGUAGAAUUCUUUUGUUUUCAUUCAUGCUUAGUUCCAUUAUCCAUAAUCUUUAGAACGACGACAACUUCGAGUACUAGCACUUCAACGACAUCGUCCACUUCGACAACUUCCACGUCAACGACAAGUACUUCAACAACCUCAACGUCAGCUUGUUUUAGAUUUUCAGGAACAAGUGAAACACUUCUUUCUCUUUAG